UUAGCUAGCUCUUCACUCAAUCUUCUAAAACUCACUGUAAACCCUACUUUCUUAGCUCUAGACAAAUAAUGGUUCAGGGAAGAGGCAGUGCAAUGGCAGCCACAGUGCUGGUCUGCUUUUUGUUGCUCCACUUUGAGUUGGCUCAAGCAGCAACUUACACUGUUGGAGGAACCAGUGGCUGGACCUUCAACACUGCUGGUUGGCCUAAAGGCAAGAGCUUUAAGGCUGGUGACACACUUGUAUUCAAUUACAACCCUUCAAUCCACAAUGUUGUAGUCGUCAACAGGGCCGGAUAUAAUUCAUGCUCGGCACCAAAAGGUGCUAAAGUUUACCAGUCAGGCAAGGAUCAGAUCAAGCUUGCAAAGGGCCAAAACUUUUUCAUCUGCAAUUAUAUUGGCCACUGUGAAGCUGGAAUGAAAAUAGCAGUCACUGCUGCCUAAUCUGAGAUCUAGCAAGGGCCAGGAUAAUCAGUUUGCUUUGUCAAACUUUAAGUAUUAGUGUUGGAUUUGGUGUCAAAAAGUUUGUGUCAAGACUCAAGGGUCAUUGCAUGUUAGCUUUGCUUUGUUUGAGUGGGUAGUUGGUGGUCCAAAUAUGAACUAUAAUGAUAGUUACAUGAAAAUCUUGAGUAAUACUUUGUGUCUAAAGGUUUACUUGUACUGUCUUUUCAAUAAAUACAUAGUGCUAUUUCUUUAGGAAAAGUUUCACCAAGCAUAUAUUCCAACUCCCAAGGCAUUUGAAUGAGGGC